AUGUUGCGUCAAGUUACCAGGCCAUAUUUGGCUUUAAGCAGAUGUAGUCAAUUGACUAGGCAGUUUGUUCGUCUAAGUUCUACAACGACUGAAGAAAGUUCUCGUACAGAUGCGGUCGAUCCUAAGAUUUCUUCAAUCGUGAAACAGAUUUCGCAACUGAGCUUGUUGGAAACGUCGACGUUAAUUUCUGAAUUGAAGAGUCAAUUGAAUAUUCCAGAUAUCUCUUUUCCUGUAGGUGGGGCGGCGCCAGCAGCUCAGUCAGCAGGUGCAUCAGAAGAGGCUAAGGAAGAAGAGGUGAAGGAGGAUAAAACGAUCUUUUCUAUCAAGAUCGAGUCAUUUGAUGCCAAAUCUAAACCUAAGGUUAUCAAGGAGGUCAAGAGUUUGUUGGGAUUGUCGUUGGUAGAAGCGAAGAAAUUUGUUGAGGCUGCUCCAAAGAUUCUAAAGGAAAAUGUUGCCAAGGAGGAGGCUGAUAAGAUAAAAGCUACUUUGGAGGGUCUUGGAGCUAAAAUUUCGCUGGAAUGA